GUCAGCAAACGUUUCUUAGCAAAUCAUAUACGAAAAUUGCAACACACAACCUGGGAUUUCUUCAACGUCGUGAGCCUCGACGGAUCGAUUCCUUGGAGCCGAUUACAUAUACCUAGAAAACUAGUUCGUGCUAUCCAAUUCCAGUUGGUAACGAAAGAGCCUUGGCCUUGGGCUUGGAUUUGGAGUGUCGGAUUAUCCAGAAGUAUUGGAACAUUAUUUACAUACAUAUACAUACAUACAUACAUACAAUACAAGCAUUAGAAAUAUAAAAAUCAUGCCCCUCACCCUCUCCACGCCACUACGUCCGACAUCCCUCCGAAACAUCAACCUACUUCUCCGAACCGCUCCUCGAUACGUCCAGAACCAAUUCCGAAGUCAAUCCACCACUCCCAAUCAUUCCCAUUCCUCAUCCUCCGUCAAUCCCAACGAAGUCUCGCAUUUCAAUGCCCUCGCAUCAACAUGGUGGGAUCCACACGGCUCUUCGCGCUUAUUGCAUCUGAUGAAUCCGCUCCGUCAUGAUUUCAUUCGCACAUGCCAUGCUUCGCAGCCCAUCCCCCCCGCCUCCUCGGGGUUGAAAUAUCUCGACAUCGGCUGUGGCGGCGGGAUCUUCGCCGAAAGUGCUGCGCGGAUGGGAAAUUCCGGGAGCGUCACGGCGAUUGAUCCUUCGCCCGUCGUGUUGAAUGUGGCAAAGGCGCAUGCGCGCAAAGAUCCGGGGCUGCAGGGCAAAUUAACGUAUUUGAAUACGUCGAUUGAGGGAUUGGCGAGGCCGACAUCGAGGGAGGAGCAAUAUGAUGUGCUUUCGCUGUUUGAGGUUAUUGAACAUAUUACGUAUCCGUCUGAGUUUUUGGAUAAGUGUACGCCGUUUGUGAAGCCGGGGGGGUGGAUUAUUAUGAGUACGAUGGCGAGGACGUGGACGAGUUGGCUGACGACGAAGGUGGUGGCGGAGGAUGUUAUGGGGAUUGUACCGAGGGGGACGCAUGAUUGGAAUCAGUAUAUCAAUGAGGAGGAGUUGAGAGGACAUUUUUUGAGGGAGAGGGGAUGGAAUAGUCCGAUUGUUAGGGGAGUGGUUUAUGUGCCGGGGUUGGGGUGGAAGGUUGUGCCUGGGAGUGAGAAGGUGGGGAAUUAUUUCUUUGGGAUUAGAAGGGAUGAGGUUACGCAGGUGUGAGGUUGCGUUUGGGAAAUGGACUGGGAGGGAAAAGAUGCUUUGUAUUCGUUGAGGUGUUGAUAUCCUGAGGGAUUCUACAGAAGUGAUGACAGUACCGAUGAGUGGUUACUCGUCAAGAAACUGAAGCCGCUCGUUGAUACCUGGAACGGGUUCAUAAUAGAUGGCGACGAAGGGAUUUGUAUCUAUGAUCCACGGUGUUUGAGCUUUUGCACUGCAGGCGCAACAUCAUUCGCAUAAUGUUGUGGAUAUUGGCAUCAAAUACGAUCCAUUACCUAGGUACUUGGUACGAUAUCAUAAAAGCGCAUCCUUCGAGGAAUGUCACAAAACAUAUAGCCAAUCUGGCUUUGCAAGAUAUAUAACUAUUGAAACGCCUACAACUUAUGAGUCAUUCUUGUGAGAAAAUGUAAUAGUAAUCAUAGUAAAUAAUAGUGUUUCACGCUGAAAGUCUACAUCAUCUAGAAAACACAAGUAUCAUAAAUAGCUACCUAGGUAAAUAUAGUCCA